AUGUUCGACAUCAUUGCCUUUGCCUUAGCUUCUGCCACCACCACUCCUCCCUAUGUAGUUGAUGAAUGCCGAGGCGUCCUUGUAUAUAGUGACGGUUCCAUCGUCUACUCUGCCAAACUGAGUUUCGAUGUUCCCAUCCAUGAUGAUGACUUCGUUUUAUGGAAAGACGUUCUUUUCAACGCCAUUAACAACCUUCAGCUUCGGCUCUACAAGCCGACGGUGGUGGCUAGCUCAUCCUCUUCCACCUCUAGUUCCAAGCUUCCUAUAUUUUACUACAUCUAUGGUGGCGAUUUUUCUCGGGGCCUUGGUCGUCUCUCCAAACUAUCACCUGGCUCCGGAGAUGACACCAAUGAAGACGAUUUCAUGGCAGUGAAGUGGCUUCAAGCACAAGCAGUAUUAGAGGAGCAUGACAUAUGGCUGACAGACAUGGCGGAGACACCCACACAAAGAUGA